UCGGGCCCUGUGCCUUCCAACGGUCAAUACUUUCAAAAUCCCUAUUCCCCCAAAUUGAAACCCAUAAUUUGGGACUGUGUUCUGAACCCCCAACAUUCUCUCUCUCUCUCUCUCUCUCAAAUCCAAGGUAGACCUUCAAUUCUUGAUGGAAGCCCUAGAAGCUUCUGCGACUCCAGCAAAGUCCCUGAACCCUAAUUUGACCUCCAAGGUCAGGGUCAUCGUUAGGGUUCGGCCUUUUCUUCCCCACGAAAUCUCCGCCCUGAACGGCGAUCACACUCCCUGCGCUUCCGUUCUUGACCUAGAAUCUCAGUCGUCCACUGAAGAAGUCGUCGUUCAUCUCAAAGAUAAAGAAUCAAGCCGAAAGGAGUGUUAUCGGUUAGACUCGUUCUUUUCCGGGGAGGACAACAAUGUAGCUCGGAUUUUCUACAGGGAAGUGAGCCCUUUGAUUCCGAGAAUCUUCCAGGGCUUCAAUUCCACUGUGUUUGCUUAUGGAGCUACCGGUAGUGGAAAGACUUACACUAUGCAGGGGACGGAUGAGAUGCCGGGUCUAAUGCCACUGGCCAUGUCCACGAUCCUAUCCAUGUGCCAGUGCACCGGAGCCACAGCUGAGAUUUCAUACUAUGAGGUCUAUAUGGACAGGUGUUAUGAUCUGUUAGAGGUCAAAUCUCAGGAAAUUGCUGUUUUGGAUGACAAAGAUGGUCGGAUUCAUCUUAGGGGGCUCUCUAGGGUGCCUAUAAAGUCGAUGCAAGAAUUUGAUGAGGCCUUGUCUUGUGGGAUUCAGAGGCGGAAAACCGCGCAUACGGGUCUUAAUGAUGUCUCUAGUAGGAGCCAUGGGGUCCUUGUGAUUUCUGUUUCCACUCCUUGUGAUGGUGUUUCUGGGGCUGCUGUUACUGGGAAGUUGAACCUCAUAGACUUGGCAGGCAACGAAGAUAACAGAAGAACUUGCAAUGAAGGGAUUCGUCUCCAAGAGAGUGCAAAGAUUAACCAGUCAUUGUUUUCAUUGUCAAAUGUGAUUUAUGCAUUAAACAACAACUUAUCCCGAGUUCCCUACAGAGAGAGUAAAUUGACUCGUAUAUUGCAAGACUCACUAGGUGGGAUGAGCGAGGCUUUGAUGAUUGCUUGCUUGAAUCCAGGAGAGUACCAGGAGUCAGUUCACACUGUCAGCUUGGCAGCUCGGUCACGUCACAUCACCAAUUCGGUUCCUUCGGCUCACAAGCAAGAGACACCAAAGGUUAAAGUAGACAUGGAAGCCAAACUUCAUGCUUGGCUUGAAUCCAGAGGAAAGACAAAGAGUGCACAAAGAGUUCAACCAUUGAAUUCUCCUUUCUUGGGAAAACCUCCACUCUCCUCUACCAAGAAAUUUAACACCAACCUCAGCUCACUGAAGAAGCUUACUACUAACCGACGUGAUGGAAAGGAAAGGACAAUCACUACGGCUGUCAGGAAUUUAUUUGAUGAAGGCCCAGUUGAUACUAAUUUGGAGAGCCUGCUAAAUGCUGCUAAGGAUAAGGGUGAUGCUGAAACCGGUGGAUUUGCAAGCUUACCUGGUGAGUCAUCAAACCAUGACGAGAAGUCUACAAGCUUUGUUAAUUCAUCACCUGUUGGUAAGAGGAAGAGCCCACUCAAAAGUCCUUUGAGGAAAGUUCUUUCCCCUGUCAAUGCAAAUAUAAACCCAAAACCCUUUGAUGAACUGGUAUCCAUUGAGCCAAGGACACCCAAGACACCUUUUCCUGUAAGUUGUAUGAACAACAGAUUCCAAAAUCUGGGAACCCCACUAGAGAAAUUCACUGCUUGUGGGUCUCAAGUAAAGAACUGCCUUGUUCAAGAGUAUGUUGACUUCUUAAACACAGCCAACAGGGAGGAGCUACUGGAAAUCAAGGGAAUCGGAGUCAAAUAUGCAGACUACAUACUCGGACUGAGAGAAACAAGCCCUUUACAAUCGCUGAGCGAUUUGGAGAAAGUAGGGCUCUCUUCUAAGCAGAUUCACAUCUUGUUUAACAAAGCUGCAAUAGGAGUAUUCGAUGAAAAAGGAGAUGCAAAACCCAAGUGUGCGGUGGUUUCGCAAGUCCAGUAAGACUCAGAAAGCGGAUUUUGCAGAAUUGACUCCUCAGAUUCAAUACAGAUUUGAAUCAGAUAUUGUUGUACAAACAGCUAAUCUAGCUUUGAUGAUGACGUAAUAGAGUUGUAUCAUAUUCGUAAGAGAGACCUCUUAGAAGAAUCCAUGUAUUAGGCAGAGGCUCUAUGCUAAAAGAUUCUGUCAUUGUUGUUAACUCAGGUCAAGAAUUGGGUAUAGCUUUUUCAAUGAUUUUUUCAAUUUCAAUUGAUGACUUUG